GCGGCGGCCUCCUCCUUCCCUCUCGCCCCGAGGGGCCUCUCCGCGCGCUGCCUUCCCACAGUGCCUUGCGGGGGGAGGCCGCGCUUCCUGUCAGCCGCCAGCCAGCCGGAGGCGGCGGCGGGUUUGGUUGGUUGGUGGGCGGGGCAGGGAAAGUUUAGCGUGUUGCUUUUGUGUGUGUGUGCGUGUGUCUGAGGGAGAGCCCAGCGAGAGGCCGCUUCGUCCCCUGCCUCGCCUCGCCCUGACAGACCCGCCGGCCGCCAUGGAGCCCGUGCAGGGUGGCGGCGUCGGUCGUGGCCGCGGCAUUCGUGGCGCCGGGGGGAGGCGGCGCGGGCCGCGGCGGGGGCUGUGAGGGGUCGCGGGCCGGAGUGAGGGGGAUGCUGUCCCGGAAGAAGACUCGGGCCGAGCUCUCCAAGCCGGGCGAGGUGCAGGGCAAGUACGUGAUCAAGGAGACCAGCCCCUUGCUCCGCAAUCUGAUGCCUUCAUUCAUCCGUCAUGGGCCAACCAUUCCAAGACGAACAGAUCUCUGCCUUCUAGAUUCAGGUUCUUCUGCCUACCCAGCGGGUGGGGAUGGAGCAAGUUCCAGAAACCAGAAUUUCCUUCGAACUCCAGUGCAAAGGCCUCCUCAGGAGAUAAUGAGGCGGGAAAGCAACAGGCUCUCCGCCCCUUCCUACCUUGCCAGGAGCCUGGCCGAGGUUCCCCGCGAAUACGGCUUAUCUUCACAGUCCUUUUUAACGGAGGCCAAUUCUGUUACGGAAAAUGGAGACACCGGCUCCCGUUACUAUUAUGACCACUUUUAUAAUGGCCAGAGACGGCACCAUCUGGGGGAUCAUGUGCAGGAGGAAUAUCGAUACUAUGAACAUAAUGCUGACCUUGUCCAAAGGAUGUCACAGAACCAGGGAAGACACAGUUCAGGCAUUGGGCGGACAGCGGCUACAUCGUUAGGAAACUUAACAAACCACAGCUCGGAAGAUUCACCUCUCCCUCCGGGCUGGUCAGUGGACUGGACUCUUAGAGGAAGGAAGUACUACAUAGACCACAACACGAACACAACACACUGGAGCCAUCCGCUUGAGCGAGAGGGGCUGCCCCCCGGAUGGGAACGGGUGGAAUCAGCUGAGUUUGGCAUGUACUAUGUUGACCACAUCAAUAAAAGAGCACAGUACAAGCACCCCUGUGCCCCCAGCGUUCCCCGUUAUGAUCAACCGCCACCUGUGACAUAUCAGCCGCAGCAAGCUGAGAGAAACCAGCCUAUCCUAGUGCCUGCAAAUCCAUACCACACUGCAGAGAUCCCGGACUGGCUGCAAGUCUAUGCCAGGGCUCCUGUAAAAUACGACCACAUCUUGAAGUGGGAGCUCUUCCAGUUAGCUGACCUGGAUACCUACCAGGGGAUGCUGAAACUGCUCUUCAUGAAGGAACUGGAGCGGAUAGUGAAGCUGUACGAAGCGUACCGGCAAGCCCUGCUCACGGAGCUGGAGAACCGCAAGCAAAGGCAGCAGUGGUAUGCGCAGCAGCACGGCAAGAAUUUCUAAGCUUGCUCUCUUUCACAAUGGACUUUGAGAGCUCUUGGGACUUUAAGGGACUCCUCACACUCCUUCAAAAAUGGUGAACAAAUGCUCGAUUGGUUUAAAAGGCAGCUUUUCUUUUGUUGAUCUUGGCACCUUUUGUAAUUAUAUUCUUUGUGUAUCAUGUUUAUUGAAUACAAAAGAUGUUUGUUAUAUUCUAUAAAAAAGUUAGUUUAUUAUUCUGAGAGCCACAAUGGAGGGAAAAAUAUAAGGAAAACUACAUUUUUUUAAUUGUUUGGUAUCUUUUGCCCCCUAGCAAUUGGUUGCAUCUUUGAGAAGCAAAUUGUUUUUCAAAUGAUGUCAUCGUAAGUAAUGUCCUGAAAGUAGAUUGUCCUAUAAACAAAACCCUAAUUCCUGCCUUACAGCUGAUGAUCUCGUGGAUCAUCUGGUCUCCAGGGGAAAGGGAGAUUCUGUUCUUGUGCUGCAGAAGAGUUGCAGCGUUCAGAGCUUUAAUAUGUAAAAUGUCCACAUGAUCUUUUAGUAAAAGCAUGGUUCUGUUGGACCCAAGCAAUUAAUAAACAACUGCCUUAUUCUGACUGUUAAGCAUAGUUCUGGUUUGCCAUAGGUCUGCACAGGGGCAUUCUGCCACAUGAAGGCUGGCGAACUGAGAUGCCUGACUUAGCCAUUUGGAGCAAGUCUUGUCAAAACUUUAUCCAGUGGCAAAGUUGCCUUUAUGUCUCAUUCACAUUUUGAUUCAUUUGUCAUCUUGCAAUGUUUAUGAAAGUUCUGUAACAUUUAUGUCCUGUAAAUUUCAGCAGUCAAAUAAACUUCUGUUUUUGUUUAA